AUGUUUAGGGCAAAUCAUAGUAUGUAUCAUGCUGUUUCCUAUGGAACUAUGCUUCAUCUUCAAGCUACAGCAACUCUUGAACCUAAAGAUCUCGAAGAAGCGACAAAGCAUAUAAAAUACGCCGUGAAGGUGUGUCUAAAGAAACGCAGGAAGGGCAAAUUCGCGGACAAUUUUGCUAAAUCCACAGUCAAGGCCAGGAAUGCAUUCUACGCGAGUUAUACUGAUGAGGAGGCCCACGCGGAGUUGUGUUAUGCAGAAAGCCUCCUUCAAUGGGUCUUCCUAGCUGUGCUCCAAGAUGAGAAACUGGUGACUCUCAUCAGAAGCUCAAUCAAACUUCGCGAGUGCUACAAGUGCUACAGAACCUGUUGGAAAAUCAAAAAGAGCAAGGAUUGGGAAGGACGCUCCACCCGGUCUUCUUUUGAAUGCGGUGUUUUAAUGGGUGUCGGAGCUUUUAACCUCGAAUUAGGGUUACAGCUUCUGUGGGAAGGGAGCAAAAUAGCACACGGUGUUCGUGAUCCCCUGUGCGCUCUUAUAAUUCUCGUCUAUGAUCUAUACGCAACUCAAAUGACAGGUGAUACUGCAUGCCAUACCAUUGGUGAUGAGGUAACGGCCUUGGCAGAUGCACGAAAACUUCUUCCCGCGUGGAUUGAGAAAUUCCCUAACAGUGCUUUCUUCACCUUCCUUAGAGGUCGAUUGGCCCAAAUCACAAGUGAUUUCCCAUUGGAGUUUCUCAUUCGUAGUGAUUCCAUUUUUUAUUUUCGAUUCGCAAGCCAUAAUGACACUUGUCGACCCAUUCUUUGUCGCAAACCUGACUCUCUCAUCAUCCGGCUUUGUGUGGAUCCUGCGCCAUGUAUAGAAGUCAAUUAUGAUUGUAUUAAACUCUUUAAAGAGAGGAGAGCGCAACUUGAUGACGAUCCACGAAGAGGGAAACCUAAUUCAGCAAGAUAUCAAGAAAACAACUCUCUUGUUCAAGAUGGACGAGUUACCAUUGAGGAAAUUGCUAAUAAAAUAGAAAGUGCACGCAAAUUAACAUUUUCAAUUCUCACUGAAAAUCUUGGCUUGAGCAAGCUCUCGGUGAGCACAGCCAAGGAUUACUUUUUCAAGUCCAUUUCCGCUCAGUCCGACUUUAUCAAUUUCCAUCAUAUUUGCUAUUGGGAAUUGAUGUGGUGUCAUUGCGUUCAAGGUGAAUGGAUGGAUGCAAUGAAAUACGCGGAGAGGCUGUCCUGUGAAAGUAAAUGGAGCCACGCUACCUACCGGUACCUCAAAGCCGCCUUUAUAAUUCAAUUUUUGGACGAUGAACAAAGAGCUAGUCUCUCCGACAAUGCCAGUAACCCCUCCACCGCAGUUCCCAUCGAGACCGAUCCCAAAGACUACGCUGAUGGGGGAACUCUGUGUCACCAUGUCGAUGAACUUCUUGAAAGUGUUCCUCAAAUGAUCCAACGGAUAGCAGGAAAGUCCCUGCCGAUUGAGAAGUUCGCCAUGAAAAAAGCUGUGAGAUACUUUGAACAAGGCAAUCGACUCACUUUACCUGGUUUGGAGCUCAUGUAUCUCUGGAAUGGCUUUAAAGUCAUAAGCAAUAACACUACUUUGCUGAAUAAAUUCCUUCUCAUAAUCGAGUCCAAGAUCCACAGUCUCGUUGCAAGUCAAAAUAAGAUUACCAACUUCACCGAAGACUUCAGUGUCGCCACCCUACUCAAAGGAGUCUGUUUGCGAUGUCUGAAAAAAAAUUUUCAGGCCAAAAUGUGUUUCACUGAGGUCAUAAUGAAUGAAAAAUCAAUAAAAUUGGACAGAUAUGUACUGCCCUUCAGUGAAGUUGAGUUGUGUCAAAUCGCUAUGGAAGAAGGAGAUCUUGAUGAAGCUAAAACUCACCUUGAUAAGGCUUGGACUUACAGUAAGUAUAGUCUGGAGGCCCGACUUCAUUUUCGUCUCCACUCCUUAACAGCCCAACAUAAAACCAUGAAGGAGGCGAAACGUCGAAUUAGCAAAAGUAUGAAUACCACCCCAGCUGGAUCCUGGCAUAGUGGACUCAACAGAUACAAUGAUGGGGACGACAACCCAUUUGACAUCGAGUUCAACUCUAGGCUUGAUAGUCUUGCUGAUCCCAUUACACUUGAAUUGGGUGAUGAUAAGUAG